GGACCGACCGGCAGAUCGUGUCGAAACGCAAAGCCGCGCGCACGUUUUAAAAAUAAAAUUCGGAACGCGACCUCUUCGGUCGUUGCGCGGGAAAAAGUUUUCAACUAAUCUGUGGUGAAUGAAAAAUCAAACAUGGAGGGCUGCGGGAUGAAAUGCAUAAAAUAUCUGCUGGUGGUUUUCAAUGGAUUGUUUUUGAUCUUCGGCAUCGUGAUCAUAGCGACAGCAUGCGUGGACCUGACCAUGAUCAAGGACUUCGCGGGGCAGGACAUGACAGGCCACGAGACCGACGCGUUGCUGAUCGCUAUCGGGGUGCUGAUCAUCGUCAUCGCUGCAUUCGGGUGCUUCGGUGCUUGGAAGGAGAGCCCUAAGCUGCUGUAUAUCGUAAGUAGUAAAUAA